AUGGACACGCCGGAUCCUCCAGUUUUUUUUAAUAAGGACGAUCCGCGUCUAAAACUGAGAGUGGAAACCAGAACGAAAAACAUCUUUGUGACACAGCUAGGGGAUGUGGGGUAUGUACAAGAGCCCGAGGAUGAGAAUGUCAAUUAUAUUCCUGUAAUAACAGAGUCCCCUGACAGGAUAGUGGAAACAGGUGUGAACACACUGCAGAGGACACUAGUCUUGAGGAAAAAAAUUCAAGUGGAUGAAACAGAUAGACAGUUGGCACAAAAACGACUGGAGUUCAAAGGUCGCAUGCAAGCCUUGGAACAGAGGAGAGCUGAACUAGCGCUUAAACAACUAGAGCUCAAGGAGAAGGCAGUAAAAUUUCAGAAGUUUGUAGAGGAAAAUGAGGUGAGGAGACGUCGUGCCCUGAAAAAAUACCAGCUCGAGAGAAAACAGAAUGAACUUAAACAGGCAGAGUGGGAAGAACUCACCGUACAGCUAGAACGACUACAGGCCAGGCAACAGUAUCUAAAGGAAAGAGUGGCUAAGCACAAGAUUUACGAAGACUAUCUGAUGAAGGUUGUUGAUUUGCUUCCAGAUAAUUAUGGAGAUAAUGGAUCAGACUCUGUUGUGAUGCCCAUCAUCAGACGUUUUGAGACGCUCUCCAUGAGCAAGAAUGACCUGGCCCAGAGGCUAGACAGUAUGGUGGAAGAGCUUGAACAGGGCCAGAGGAACCUGGAGUUACUCAAGCAGGAGCACAACAACAAUAAAUUGAUAGCCAAUAAGGAGCUUUCUGGGUUGCAGACACAGUUGGACCAAGCCAAAGACAAGAACAAACAGCUUGAGAUGACCCAUCAUAUACACCAGGGCCAGUAUAGGGACCAGCUUGAGGAACUUGGGAGCCUGCUGAUAGCAGUGAGGAAUCUUGGUCAGCAAUGUCACUUACAACACUAUGGACCAUUAGAAAACAUGGACCUGUUUACCAUGUUGGAUAUGGUCAAGGAAUUUGUUCUAGAGAAAGCAAACCUUGAGAGAAGAGCUACUCGGUUGAUGCAUUCAGCCUCAGUGAAGACCAGUGGGACUGCAAACAAGAAAGGGAAAACUCAACUGACCAAAAAUACCAGCAGUGAAGUCCAGCUGAAGAGUUACAGCAAGAUUAGUGGGAAAAGCGGACUACUCAGUUCAUCCAAAAUGAUAGAGUAG